UGAUGAUGUGUUGGUUUUUUGGGUCUGAGCCAGGGAAAGAAGAUAUCCAAAUUAUGAAUAUGACGACAGCCUCAAGCCAAGCCCAGCCCUGCUGUCGCUGAGCAACCUCGGUCAGCUGUGAGACACUCAAAACCAGCCGCAACCUCACUCGAGCCGGGACCAUCCUCUGAACCCACUCCUGUUGACCAUCUCCAAUUCAAACAUCUUAUCCUCAAAUCAACCAAUCGACCUCAAUCAACUCCCACCGCAACAUGUCAUCCCAUACCAACGAAGGAUCCUCUCAGACCCACUAUACGAUCAUCCGAGGCGCUCACAGGCGCGAUCCGAACUAUAUCAACUGUCUCAACUCCGAUGGAGAUUCAUCCAAAUGGAGAGAAACCGGUCCCAGUGUCGAUAGCACCGGCUCCACGUGUUACUGGAAGGCAGACGAUUCCGAGUGUCGACUCUUGGCCGAAAAGUGGAAAAAAACCUUGGGCAAGACGGCUGCAAAACUCUUGGGCCUUGCCGAAGAUUCGACUGAUGAAGAUUGGAGAGUACAGGAUUUUCCGAACGGUUACAAGCUUUACCGACACCUCAAAGGUCAACGAGAGGAUGUUUAUCUAUUCGGUUCUGAGCACGUCACCAAGUUCAGGACGGCGAAUGAAUUCAGUCCUCAUUUCCACUGGCUCUGUACCUACGAGCCCACACCGGCCAACAGGAUCUACUGUAAAUGCAAAUACUGCUCAGGUGUCAAAAAUCAAGGCUCGGUAAAUACAUCCUUAGGACUGAAUGAGAAACCGAAACGGUUCAGUUCACCUCUCUUCGAUUCAAGAUCGGCCAGCCAAAACAAGCGUAAAGCUGAAGAGGAGAUGGCCAAGGAGAACUACCGAAAGCGUACGAAUGCCGACUCAGUACCGGGAACGAGGGCCCCGCGGACUUCCCAUAAACCGGUCCAAUCACGCAGAUCAAUGCCCUCUCAUACCUUGAAUUCAGUCCCAGGUGGAGGUGGAGCCGGAAGAAAAUCACAGACCUUCUCAGGACCUUACGUUAACAAGGAUCGAGAUCGGGACCUCUCAGAGAUCAGAUGCACCUUCAGAAUGGCCGAGUUGGUCUGGUGUAAGCUAGAUAGACCGAUCGAUGGCUCAAAAGAGGGGAAACCGGAUCUCAAAAUCGACUAUUGGCCUGCGAUCUGUGAAGAAAGGGUCUUGAUCACACACUCCGAGGUGUCCAGGGAACCUAAGGCCUCAACAACAGACGAGAUACCUCAAGUCAAUGGUUCCGCUUCGUCCCCUGCCCCCUCACCUCCCUCUCUCAAAGUCCAGCAAAAAUAUCAGUGGAAGGUCCGACUACUGGCGACGUGCGACGUUUAUUGCAAGGACGAAUCGGACCUCUUGCCCUAUCUUAAUUACCCCCCACCGCUUAAUAUUUACAAGUUACCGAUCAGGCCACAAACCCUAAAGUAUAUUCAAGAUGGUCAUGAAACUGAUCGACCUACGAUCGCCUCCCUCACCACUCUCUCUGAAGCCGUCACUCCAUUCGCAUUGAGUCUCCAGAUCACCGCGCAUAUCAAGAAAAGUUUUACCCUGAUGGAUAGAUAUGACAUCGCAUACUUGAAGAGACUCGAAGCACGCGGGCAGAAUAUUCCGUUAGAUGACAUGCAGAUUCUUUAUGAAGACUCAACCCUACCAUGGUAUCAAUUUAUAUGGUGGGGUGCGGAAAAGAUUUGGUCGGGGGAAUUGAUUAGGUUGAUUGUCUCGGUACCAGACCUACCCAAGGGACUCAGAUCGAUCUCCCAGGCGGCUUCGCCACGCUGUUUCUUCCUCAAGAUCACCGGGAUUUACCGGAGCAACGAUGAGAAGGGCAUGGUCAAAGGGCCGAUCUUCGAGUUGGCGCCAAUUGCCGAUCAAGCCAAGGAUCUGGCCGAACAAAAUCCAGACUUUCUGGAGUCCGACAAACCACCGGGGGCCCAGCAUGUCAAUCGAUACAUGCCUAAACCACCCAGUGGUUAUUUCUUCAGAAGACUCACCCCAUUCGGCAAGGAGCAUCAUCUCGUCCUACAACACAUCGCUGGGAGAUACUAUCCUUCUCAACCGAUGUCCACUCUGAACUCAACAAACGGGGCCAAUUGCGAACCGCCCGCGCCAAUGAGUAUCGAAGGAAGGUCUUUGAUUUUGUCUGGAAUGGCCGAGGGGAGAUGGCUACACAUGCAUUGCGAAACAUGGACACUCGACCGCAAGGAAUGCUUCAAGGAAUCCGAAGCAUCGGCUGAACGAGAGCUGUUAGCGUUUUGUGCAAAGAGGCAGGAGAAUGAGCAAACGAGGACGCAGACGGUAGCUGGAGUCGAGCCGAACACCAGUCCGCAUGUGAUCAAACCCACGAGCAAUAGUGCGAUUGGAUCGACAGUCAGUACAGUCGUCAAAACCGCCACGAGCACUGUAGUCGACCCGGCCCUGAGUUCAGGGGUUGAACGAACUGUUAAUACUGGGGUCGAGCCGGUCUUUGGUACUGUGAUUGACCCUAGUGCCAGGACUGAGGUGGUCAGUUCUGUAGUUCAACCAACAAACUACACUCUGGAAUCCACCCCCAAUUCUGUGCUCCCAUCUGCCAUCAAUACUGCAGUUCAACCCUCGAUCAGUAAUGGCACUAUUACUGAACCGGCUGUUGCUAAUAAUCUUGCCCCAUAAAAUCAUAAGGAUAAUGUAAAUUGCUGGACCUCUUUAUUUUUUUUUUUUAAAAAAACCUGGGCUAGUUUUUCUUGCCUAUGACAAUUACAAUCUCCAUUUAUUAGGAAGGAAAAAACUAAAGCUCAAAUUCAACUCUCAACCAAUCACAAAUGGGCUAGUUACACCACCAAGAUUAUUAUCGACUCAUUCAUAGUGUAUUGUUACUCUUUUCUGCAAGACCCUUGGGGGAAAAAAAUGCUGCUGUCUAUGUUUUUACUAGGUUAUUGAUGAUGUUUUCUCUUGGCUGAUGGUGUCUCAUUAUUUUAGGUGAAAAGACAGAAAAAGAAAAAAU